AUGUUCCCUCUUGAUGGACCGGCUGCCUUUGCGGAUACCGAUAAGCUGUCCAUGGUCCGUGUCGCUAAAGAUUCCUUCCACAGGCUCGAGCAAGCGUAUGCGAACUUGAACGAGGACCGACUGAAGAGAGCCGAGGCGGAGAUGCGGGAGACAAGGACCACGUCGGACCCUGACAUAUCGGUCUUGCUUCGCGAGCUGUCGAUUUUUGGCCACGCACAGCCGCUCUCGAACGAAUCCCGUUUGCUUAUGCGGAGGAAGAUACAAGCUGUUAACAUUUGGGCCGGUAUGCCUGCAGUUUGGAUUACCAUCAGUCCCAACGACAUUAAUAAUCCGAUAAAGAUGAAGCUUGCCAUUCAUAGGCUGCACGAUUAUGACUCUGCAAAGGAGCUUUUGGCCGAUCUCCGUGAAAAGUACGACAGAAUCGCCCUCAGCACCAUGGAUCCGGUCAGCUCGGCCAUCUUCUUCCACCGAGAAAUAUCCCUAUUCUUUGACAAAUACGUGAAUACAGGCCGGGAAUCGAUCUUUGGGAAGAUUAGCCACUACUACGCGACGGUGGAGACGAAUGAGCGAGGCAGCCUCCACUUGCAUGGACUCCUCUGGCUGGAGGGCAACAUGCGGUUACCGAACCUGAUGGACGACAUGGCCAAUCCCGCGGAAGAAGCAUACCGUGCCCAGGUGAUCCGGUAUGUGGACUCUGUCUUUCAUGAGUGUUUAGACGAAGAUGCCGGAAAAGCCGUGCGACAACAGAGGAAGCCCAUCGAUCCCGUGGAGGAGGUCAUGACCAGCACCUCGGCUCUCACUGCGGCCUUCGAAGACGAAUCCAACUUCAUCGCGUACUGUUGCCAAGUGCACUCCCACACGUACACCUGCCUCAAGUAUUCUCUGAAGGGUGUCAUCGAACAGGGGGCAGAUCAACAGAGACGGACAGCCUGCCGCUUCAAGGCACCGUGGAAGAUCGUCGAGGAGACAGGGUUCACAGAGGAUGGUCUGCUUCAGAUCCGGCGCAAUCACCCGCUCGUCAACCGGUAUAACAAGUCAUUGGCGGUCGGCCUUCGCCACAAUCACGACGUCUCGAUGAUCUUGACCAAAACCAAGGGCCUGGCCAUGGUGUACUACAUCACGAACUACGCCACCAAACUGGAUACGCCGAUGUGGAGGCGCAUUGCUCGCCACCGAGAUCCCGCCCUGCCCGACAACAGGCAGCAGGCAGUGUUGAACGAGAGCCGUCAAUUCCUGAUGAGAACGGCAAAUCGGAUCUUCUCCGAGCGACAACUCUCGGCCGUAGAGGUCUGUUACCACCUCCUUGGAUAUGAUACCGACUUUACCAACGUGCCGCAUUGGUCUUUCCUGAACCUGACGGCGCUCUAUUGGGCAAUCUUUCGCCUAUGGUCACAUCUCCGCCAUCAGGCCGGCGAGCUGACGGACGCUGAACAGCCCGCGGAGACAAUCCGUCUGAGGCAAGGAGGGCGAACCCUUCUAUACCUAGACGCGUAUGCGUACCGCGGCCAUGUUCUACGAGACUUAUGCCUGUAUGACUACAUGUCAAUGAUUCAUUUGGAUUCCGACUGUGACGACUGGAUCCAAAAGCUUCGACGGCCCGACCAGUACGCCAUCCCGAUCUUCCAAGGAUACAUCAGCGACGACCAUGAGGACGAUCACCCAGUCUAUAUUAAGCGAAAUUCGGUCCUACACUUGGCGCUAUUCGUCCCUUGGGAGAAGUUUAUUUCUGAGAGCCAAGGCGACAUAACCGACAUAUGGACGACGCAUCGAUCGGGGCUUUGUCCCCGCCUCCGUUUCCAUGUCUCCAACAUUGGUCUUUUGAGAAAAUCUGCCGAAGACGCGCGCAAGGACGCGAAGCUCUGGGCCAGUCGGUCGGAGGGCGACGACACAAUUGACGUCGAGUACCCACUUGACGACGGCCGCGAUGAAGAAGAGCCUCCAGCGCUGGCUCAUCGUCAGGCCUACAAAGCUCUGCUCCAGAUUUUGCGAAAUGCCGUGCAGGAUACGGACGCCACAAAAGACUCACCCGUCCUUGGAGGUCUAAUACACGAUCUGUGCGAAGAGAACCCGGCUGAAGAAGAGCAACCUUUUGUCCAACGUCAAGAGGAUCUGUACCGGAAUAUGCCCGAUCAAGGUGACGCCUUGUGUCAAUUCCCCAUAUCUCGAGACGAUGUCCAAGCAGCGGCCAAGGCCCAACAACUAUUGCAUCUUCGGAUGCUGGACGAUAUUGAGGGUGGUUCUCAGGGCACCGUACUAUCCACGAAUGGCGCCGACAUUGACGAUACCCUUGCUCGCUACGGCGAUAUGGAGUCCGCCGCUGCGCUCCCGGGCAGUGACCUCAAUGAACAAGGCCCUCGGAUGCUUGUCGACGUCAGUCCGGUCACUAGCUUCGUGGAGAUGGGACACACCACCGCGGCCAGCUUUACACUGAACUAUCUACAGACCAUGGCCCUUCAACUCGUUUGCCUAUUUCUGGACAGGUAUACGGCCAAUCCGGACUCAGCGGGUCAGCAUCUUCAAUACACCGGCGGGCCGGGUGGCACGGGAAAGUCGAGGAUUAUCGAUGCCCUGAAGGGCGUGUUCGCGGCGAGGAACCAGCCGCAUCUUCUGCAGAUAACCGGCACGUCGGGCAGUUCGGCGGCCCAUAUUGGCGGCACGACCAUCCACUCGGCCUGUGGGUUAGAUUCCCAUCGCGAUCCAAACAAACCGCCUCCCCCCUUCUCGGAGGCGAAGAAGUGGAUCUGGAAACAGAAGCUGGUACUCGUGAUUGACGAGGUCAGCAUGCUGGGAGGAGCCACUCUGCACAACGUCAGUCGUCACCUGCAGGCACUCCGUGACUGUCCGGACGAACCGUUUGGCGGCAUGCCCGUCGUCCUACUGAUGGGAGACUUCUACCAGUUCGCCCCAUUGUGGCAUCUGUUCAAAACCGUGGUGCUCCUCGAAGACCAAGUCCGCGCACGCAACGAUCCCCAACUCCGUGCACUCCUGGAUCGAGUUCGUAACGGGCGCCAGACCCAUCAAGAUCUGAGCUUGCUCAACGCCAACAUUGUAGGACGCUCGCAAAUCACCUUCCACGAUGGUUUGCGCGCUAUAACGCCGCUGAACCGCACCCGGUGGGCCCUCAACAUGGAAGCUGUUGUGGGCUGGGCGCGCUUCAACAAGCGGCACAUCCGUAUCUUUGUCUCGACUCACACCUGGCGUAGCGGCGCGCUUUCUCCAGACAUCGUAGCGCGAACCGUCGGACAAGGCGACGACUCUGCCUGCAAAGUCCCCGGCGUCUUCUUCUACGCCCAGGGCAUGCCCGUGGUUGUCAACAAGAACGUCUACACUGGCCUGAAGGUUGUGAAUGGGGCCGACUUUGCUGCCGUGGACGUAGUACUCGAUCCCAAUCACCCGGGAUACUGCUUGGCCAAUGACGUGACCAUCCACUUCGGGCCACCACUCGGCAUUCUUCUGCAGUCCGAGGAGACGAAUGCCUUGGCGAUACCGUCCCUCCCUGUGGGGACGGGUAAAACGUUUGUAGAAGUACUCUUGGAGCUGCGUGGAAAUCGUCUGACCAAUGGCGAACCCUCCAAAUGCGAUUUCACGAGCCUCUAUGUUCAACUGUCCAGGUGUACUACGCUCCAUGGCAUCAAACUCCUCAGUCCCACUCACAAACUUGGCGGCGCAAACGAGACGGGCAUAUGA